CGUUCGUUAGGCGCCCAUCCGGGCCAGAAGGCAGGUCCGCCAGCCCGGAAGAGGGUGGCGGCAAACAUGGCGGCGUCAGCUGCCGGCCUGGGCGUCCUGGGUGGCGGCGGCGCCGGCGGCCUGGGCGGCGGCGGCAGCAGUGGCGCCAGCGGUGCCGGUGCCGGCCCGGUGCCAGAGCCCGGGGACUUCCUGGCCCGCUACCGCCAGGUGUCCAACAAGCUGAAGAAGCGGUUCCUGCGGAAGCCGAACGUGGCCGAGGCCGGCGAGCAGUUCGCGCAGCUGGGCCGCGAGCUGCGCGCCCAGGAGUGCCUGCCCUACGCGGCCUGGUGCCAGCUGGCCGUGGCGCGCUGCCAGCAGGCGCUCUUCCACGGCCCCGGGGAGGCGCUGGCGCUCACCGAGGCGGCCCGCCUCUUCCUGCGGCAGGAGCGCGACACGCGCGAGCGCCUCGUGUGUCCCGCCGCCUACGGCGAGGCGCUGCAGGCCGCCGCCAGCGCCCUGGGCGCCGCCGUGCGUCUGCACGUCGAGCUGGGCCAGCCGGCCGCCGCCGCCGCCCUGUGCCUCGAGCUGGCCGCCGCCCUGCGCGACCUGGGCCAGCCGGCCGCCGCCGCCGGCCACUACCUGCGCGCCGCGCACAUGCAGCUGCCGCUGCUGCCCCUGGCCGCGCUGCAGGCGCUCGGCGACGCCGCGUCCUGCCUGCUGCUGGCGCGCGACUACACCCGUGCCCUGGCCGUCUUCACGCACAUGCAGCUCCUGGCGCGGGAGUACGGCAGCCGUCCGGGGCCGCCGCCGCCGCCCCUUGCCGCUGGGCCCGUGCCCGGCUCCAGCAUGACCCCGGCCACUGGGCCGCCACCAACGCCGCCACUGCAGCUGCCAAUGCCGACAUCCACAGCCUCUGCCGCCGCCGAGCCCUCCCCCGCCCUGCUGGGCGCCUUCUCCGACGUGCUGGUCCGCUGCGAGGUGUCCCGCGUGCUGCUGCUGCUGCUCCUGCAGCCGCCACCCGCCAAGCUCCUGCCGGAGCACGCCCGCACCCUGGAGAAAUACUCCUGGGAGGCGUUCGACGGGCACGGGCAGGAGAGCGGCGGCCAGCUGCCCGAAGAGCUCUUCCUGCUGCUCCAGUCCCUGGUCAUGGCCUCCCACGAGAAGGACACAGAAGCUGUCAAGUCGCUGCAGGCCGACAUGUGGCCUCUGCUGAGUGCCGAGCAGAACCACCUCCUCCACCUCCUGCUGCAAGAGACCGUCUCCCCCUCGGGCCAGGGCAUCUGAACCGGCCUCCUCCGGAAGAACCCAACCCCCACCCCGUGCCCCUCACCAAACCUGCCCGGGCGUCCUUCCCUCGCUCUCUCCUGGUGGCUCCCUCGGGCCAGGGCAUUUCUCAACCGGCCACUGAAACGCCCCCGUCUGCCCCGUGCCCCUCACCAAACCCACCCAGGCGUCCCACCCUCCCUCCUGGUGGCUCCCUCGAGCCAGGGUAUCUGAAAACCCCCUUCCCUCGUGCCCUUCACCAAACCUGCCAGGGCAUGCCUUCCUCCCUCUCUCCCUCCUGCCUGCUCCCUCUCCGUUGAGGGGGGCAGGGCAGUAGGGGACUCUGGGGCCAGUGCUCAGACUUUGUGUCAUUUUGCCCCCUCCCCAUGCCCCUGCUCCCGACAUCUCUUGCAGACCGAGGAAUCGAGAGCUGCUGCCAGUGGCCGCUCUCCCAGAGACCUCUUUGGCCGUGGGUGGGUGCGAGGGAAAGCUGGGGCCGAGAGCGCGUGCACGCCGAGGCUCUUUCCACGGGCUGCAGCAGUGCAAAGCAAGAGAGAGCCGCCUCAUCCCCCUCCUCUUCCGCACGUCCCCCCCCACCCCCGUUGUCCCUCUGUCUUUGUGCCAUGGUGAGGCACUUCGUUUGCCCUGCUCUGUUCAAAUACAACCUGAUUUACUGGAUCUCAGCGUACUUCCUCUCUCGGCGCUUCCCCAACUCACCCUGUGUUUCGCCGGCCUCUUUCCCUAGCCCUGAAUCCUCCGGUUGCUUACGUCAUGGGAGCCUCAGCCCUAAGGACCGAGCAAGCUGUCCUGAGACUCUUCUUGCCUCAGCUGGACUUCCUCUGCAAGAUGGCCACAGCUCAUCUGCUGCUGGUCAGGAGGCAGGAAGUGGAGCCCGUUCCAAAGCGGAACCCGUUCCCUUUCAGUUCUCAGAUACAGUCUUCCAUUUUAAACCGGCCAGCAGCAAGCUCUGUAUGCCGGCUGUGCCUCUCUGCAGAGAUGAUUUGCCCUUCCUUUUUACUCAGCUGCAAUGCAGAUUUGUCUCCUACAGGUGUGUUCCAGCACAAAUGUGUCAGAUGUGCUUUGGAAUCAGCCAUUCAAUUCUAUUCUGAGAGGAUGCUUGACAAUUUAGACAUCUUUCUGUAACUGUGUGUUCAAAUCCAGUUUUCCUAACAUUUGGCAAUUUGCUAGCAUUACAAAAUCUUUUCUAUGUCUGUUAGAUGUUUCAAAUAUGAUUUUGUUUGUGGCCGACCCGGGUUUGAUUCCUCUGCCCCUCUCAGAGAGCCAGGCAAGUGACAGAGAGUAUCUUGCCCGCACGGCAGAGCCUGGCAAGCUACCCAUGGCAUAUUCGAUAUGCCUAAAACAGUAGUAACAAGUCUCACAGUGGAGAUGUUACUGGUGCCCACUCGAGCAAAUUGAUGAGCAAUGGGAUGACACUGAUAGUGAUAGAGUGGUAUCUGGCAAUUUGCUAGCAUUACAAAAUCUUUUCUAUGUCUAUUAGACAUUUCAGAUAUGAUUUUGUUAAUGGUUUGUUGUGGCUUUGUGUACUCAUUUUUCUAUACUCUGCCCUUUUUCUCAUUACUAAAAGGCAAGGGCCCAAGGUUUUUUCUUUUUUGUAUAAUUGACUAUAGAAUAGGAAUUUGUAAAAUAAGGUUUAAAAAACCCACUGAAGAAAAUUAACUUCAAAUAUUAAAGUAUUAAUAUAUACAUUAGUAUCUGCAUUUCUCCAAGUAACAAGCAUUUGAUCUCUGGUCUGGACUACAACUCUUAUGUGCCUCAAAUAUAUAAGGUCACUGUAGUUCUUUCAAGGUGUAUAAUCACAGGCAUGCAAGACAGUGCUUGUUUUCCCAAAGCAGCAUGCUUUUUAAACACCGUCUCCAAAUCUCUGGUUCAGAUGUACAUAUCAACAUCGAAAUGAGCUGUUUUUUUAGACUUUGUUAUAUUCACUGGUUUUCAGUUUUGUGGGAAGUGAUAUGGUGUUUUGUGUGGAGCUGAGGAUUGAACUCAGAGACUCCACAUGCAGGGACGUAUUCUCCACUGAGCUGUAUCCCCAACCCUUUAAUAGUUUUGUUGAUGGUGGUGAUUUAUUUGUGGUAUUUAAGCCAUACUAGCAGUGCUCAUGGAACUCCUGACUUGUGCUGGGGGAGCAUGCAAUACCAGGGAUUGAACUAGGGUCAACUGUAUGCAAGAUAAGGUGGGCGCCUUAACCCUUGUACUAGCUCUCUGGCUGCUAAAGAUAGACUAUUUUAAAUGAUGUAAUUAGUCUAUAUCUACUUUUUAACUUAAAACCAAGAAGGAAAGAUCUGAGUUAAGGGUGUGGGCGGUAGCCCUGGAUUUGAUUGGCAACCUGCCUUUAAUGGACUGAGUUAAGAAUGGCUUUGACAUGAGUGUGAGAAAUGUUAUACAGCAGGCAAGGUGCUUGCCUUGCAUGCAGACAAUCCAGUUUCAUUUCCAGUAGCACAUAUUGUUCCCUCGAAACAGUGCCAGGAGUGAUCUGACCAUGACCGGGUGUGGCUCAAACCCAUGCCCUGAAAAUAAUGUCUUUAACUUAUUUAAGGUUGCAAAAGGACUGGAUAGCACAGCGGGUAGGGCAUUUGCCUUGCACACAGCCAACCUGGGUUUGAUUCCUCCGUUCCUCUUGGAGAGCCUGGCAAGCUACCAAGAGUAUCCCGCCUGCACGGCCGAGCCUGGCAAGCUCCCCGUGGCAUAUUUGCUAUGCCAAAAACAGUAACAAGAAGUCUCACAGUGGAGACAUUGCUGGUGCCCGCUCGAGCAAAUUGAAUAGCUGGAUGACAGUGCUACAGUGCAGUGCAGGGUUGCAAAAAUAGGCCAGGGGAGUGGCUCAGGCACACCACUUCUGCAGGCUUAUGAAGAGUGAAGCUGUGAUGGCGUGCUUCUGAGUCAUCCAAGUUCCAUAUGCAGCCACACUACAUUUCCAAAUUUUGCCAUACUGACAGAUCAGUAGGGGCAGAAAAAAUUAAAUGUAAGAGGCAAGUAUCUGGAAAUAGAUAGUCCCUCCUGACUACCCAUGGACUAAGAGAGGAGGAAGAACAGGCUAGACUCAAGGCCACUGACGCAUGAAUACAGAUGUUUGGCUAAAUCAAGAUGUUUCAACCGCUUGAUUUUGCUGAUGUACAUCCGGGAAUGUAACUGCCAUUGAAAGGACAAGAUGUAUUCUGUUAUGUAGCCUAAAGAAUAUAGGAUGCCUGCUAUAUCAGCGUGCAAGAUUCCAAGUCUCUUAGGCCUGUGAACCCUCAGUGCUGAAUCCUUUGAAUGAGUGCCCUCAGCGCUGAGUCCCUUGUAUGAGUGUGUUUUGGUGUGUGAAUAAAACCUUGAAAAAUC